GAUUUGUGUUCGACAGUGGUGAUGGUGUCUCCUACACUGUACCAAUCUAUGAAGGUUAUGCCUUGCCUCAUGCCAUCCAUCGUCUUGAUUUGGCUGGCCGUGAUCUUACCGACUACCUGAUGAAAAUCUUGAGCGAGAGAGGUUACUCAUUCACCACAACCGCUGAACGAGAGAUCAUCCGUGACAUCAAAGAGAAGCUGUGCUAUGUCGCUCACACAACCCAUGAAUGGGAAAUUCUCAAUGAUUUCGGAUUGAAGCUGUCGUAUGCCAAUCAAGGUAUUUACCAAGAAAAGGAAACAGCAACAACCAGUUCUAGCUUGGAGAAGGCGUACGAGCUUCCUGACGGUCAAGUUAUCACCAUUGGUAACGAGCGAUUCAUAUGCCCAGAACCACUCUUCCAACCAUUUUUCCUCGGAUUGGAAUGUUACGGUAUCCAUGAAACCUGCCAUAUGUCCAUCAUGGAAUGCGAUGUCGACAUCAGGAAAGAUCUGUAUGCUAACAUCGUGUUGUCUGGUGGUUCUACCAUGUUCCCUGGUUUUGCCGACAGAAUGCAAAAAGAAAUCACUGCUCUCGCUCCACCCACAAUGAAAAUCAAGGUGAUUGCUCCUCCAGAAAGAAAAUACUCUGCCUGGAUUGGUGGCUCCAUCUUGGCUUCCCUCUCGACCUUCCAACAAAUGAGUAUCUCCAUGCAAGAAUAUGAUGAAACUG